AGGUCGGUGCCCCUCAGCAACAUCCCCGCGGGCACGCUGACCCCCCUGAAGGAGCUCCUGAGAUGCCAGGGCACCUCCAAGGUCGCUGUGGAACCGGUGGGCUGCGGGACGAGCUGCGCCGGAAGGUCGGCGGCCGGCCCUGUCCUCCAGCCCACGCUGCUGGUGGGCAGUGCGGGAGACGAGGAGCUGUCGGAUGUCAGCGACAUCGAGGCCGACCCCGGCCCCGAGCGGUGGCUGCAGCGCCGGGCUUGCGAGCCCCCCGCCCAGGAGUCUCCGGCCAAAAUCUUCCAGCGGAUGAAGGUCAGGGCCCUGCGGCAGCAGCAGGACCCCGGGCCGCCCGCGGGAAGGGCGCCGCAGAGGAGCGGGAACCGCGACGUGAUCCUAACUCCCACCGCCCAGCCGGUGGGGCGGCCCGGCAGGGCAGAGGAACCGCCCGAGCAGCCUAUUGCCCUCACCCAGCCAGGAGCAGGCAUACAUUGUGCUCAGGUUCCUGAGAACCCAACCAAGAACGCACUCGAUGUGUACCCUUUCGUACUGGAAUCCCCGCAGAAGUUCUUUUUGCGUGUGAAGUCGAAAUUGCAGCAGCAGCAAAAAGAUCCAACACUUUUAAACCCAAUUAUGCAGAAUGUUCCUCCAUCCACAACUACAGAAAAGCCAUCAGUCAAACCUGCUUUUGCUCAGCAGCUCAGGAAUGCUCCUGCAGACUUUGUGGCCUCUAAUAGCAAUGAUCAGGACGAUUUCCUUGUGGAAUUGAUGGAUGCUGAUGAUGAAAUGUCUCAAAAUACAGUGAUGAGUUCUGUGAAUGUAAUCUCUGCCCCCUUUCAAAAUGAGGAUUGGUUAGAAGAAAGGUGGGGAAAUGGAGAAGCAAAACAUAAUGAACUUUAUCAAGACAGAAGGGAACCACAGCCAAGCAAUAAGCAAACUGCUCACCAAGUGGAAAAGGUCCUGAAGGCUGAUUCCCAAAAGGCCUCACAGUGCUUCUGUAGUAUUAUGCUCUCUACUCCCAAAGUCCACAUUCCCAGGAUACAAAAGCUGAAAGAAGGCUGUAAUGUCCCGGUGGAUAAAGCUCAUCCAGAGCAAGCUGCUGGCAAAGCAGACAAAGAGAAGAGUGUCUGCCUAUCCAGUUGGAGAAUUAAAGUGAUGGACGGUAACACUGCAAUAUAUGUUGAAGGAAAACGGAACGAUAUGAAAGACCUGUUUUGGCAUAGCAAUGCAAUUAUGGAACGCAUAGCGCACAACAAAGUUAAAACAUCCUCUGGCACAAUCUACCUGCUACAGGGAAAUAUAGAUUCAGUUUCGAUGAGGAAAGAAGGAUUCCCCUACCGCUUCAUCAAAAGGUUUAUGUAUGGGUUUUCCAAAAAGUGGAAGGAAUAUGUAGAGGAAUUUCUUGAGGAAAGAAGAAGGAAAGAACAAAACCAAAAUACUGGUGAGUCUGAAAAUGAAGAGAGUGACUCGGUGGUGGGUACGGAUGUGGCAAAAAAUGCAGAAGACUCAGCAAGAAAUGUAAAGAAACCCAAAACCAGAAACACCACCUAUGAGGUGUUACCGAGGAAUGAUGAAAACACAUAUACAACACCAAAGCGCAGCUCCAUUGUGAAAGACUCGGACAAAGUUUACACUCGCAGCGGACGUCUUGUUAAACCACCAUUAAAUUUCUGGUGUGGGCAACGCGAGUUAGUUGAUCAGAAACUAAAUGUUACUAUAGAAGAAGGUGGAAUAGAUUAUCUGAGCAUGAUGUUCAGUAGUGAAAAAAAACCAAAAAAGACCAGAUCUGUCUCUAAGAAGAAUACAAGAAAGGAAGCAACGGAGACAACAGAAGAAACACCAGAAAGCCGAAGUAAAGGGCAAGACAAUGAAGGGGGACUGAGUUCUAAAAGAGAGACCAAGUCCGCUGGAGACAAGAAGACCCAGCGCUUUGUUUCCGAUGAUGAUGAAGGUGAUCGUGCAAUCAAUAGUACAAAAACUAAAGCACCGCUUUCUGUUAACCUGGUUCCCUUAAAUACUGCAGUACUAAAUAAACAUAAUAGCAGAAUGACAAAGGAAAAGGGAGGAGCAGAGUCUGGAGAGCUGACUAUGCACCAGCAGACCUACAGGUACCCUCUGAGGUCGGCCAAACGAGCUCUUCCAGAGAAGCGUUUAACAGAGGUUUCCUUAAGCCAGGAUGAGGAAGAGGAAUCCAGUGAAGAUAUUCCACUGUCUGUCAGAAGGAAAAAUAACACUUGCUUUAUAAAAGAGACUCAAAAUGGUAAAUCUUCCUCUAAGAGUUCUCAGGAUGGUGCAAACAAGGUGUUACGUGGACAAAGGGAAGUCAAGCGCUCUGCUGCCUCCCGUGAUGGGGCGUUGAGGCAAAGUGUGCCCGGCUCCACUGAUGGCUCCAAUUUACUUGAAGGAAAAAUACCUUCGAGUGAGUCUGGAGCUUCCCACCUGCCUGUUAUCACAAUGAGGACAAGAAGCAGAAUCAACCCCCCCAGGUAUUUGCUCGAGUCUGACUCUGAGCCCGAAAGCAGUGAAGAAGAAUUUCAAAGAAAAGAAAAGAAUGUGAAAACAUCCAAUAAAAGAGGUGUUUCUAAUACUGCCAAGUCUUCAGCAGCAAAAACAAGAGUGCCCGGGAGGGACAAGGUGCAGAAAUCUCUAGAGCUCUUUCCAAGAGCAGCUGAUGGUUGGUCUGAGAAGGAGCUGCAGAAGCUGUACAGGGCCAUCGCUUCAUUUCCAAAACACAAGAAAGGCUUCUGGGUGGACGUGGCCAUGGCAGUGGGGUCCCGCUCCGCUGAAGAGUGCCAGCAGAAGUACACAGAGGAACAACAGGCAAAAGGCACCAGAAUGCACGCCAGAAGGACCGCUUCAGGAAAAGCAGAACAGAAAGAUAAGAAAGAGCCGGUUACAAUAACUGCCAAAGUGGGAACCUUCAAAAGAAAGCAGCAGAUGAGAGAUUUCCUGGACUAUUUGACAAAGGACAACCAUGACGACGUUUUCACUGCGACACCGUUUCAGAACCAGAGAGUAAAGCUGCCGAUGUUCCGGGGAAGCCAAGAUGAUGAUGAUGACUUCGCACUUACGGACAACCCGAUUACACCUUCCUCGGCCAUCUUCCCUACAGCGAAAACCCCUCAGUGUGAGCAUAUCAGCCCUGGGAUGCUGGCACCCAUCAACAGGAAUGAUUACGACAGGCACGUGUUCAGGUUGCAGAAGAACACACAGGGCAGCAGAGGCACCUGGAACAACGUCAAGAAGUCGCCUUUGUCCUUUCGCCAGGCUGGGGGUGCGUUUGCGACGCCUGCAUCCAGCAGGACCAAGUUUACUUUUGACACCGAAGAGAAUCAGACCUUUCUCAAAGGGAAGCUCUUCACAGCUGACUCCUCUAGUGAAGAACAGGACAGCUCCAGUUUUUCUGUUUAA